AUGUACAAGGUUAUCAUUUGCUUAUUACUGCUUACUCCUAGAAUUGCUAAUGCUUUUAAAAUUGGCAUAGGAGGGAAAAAUCGUGGUUCAAGCGCUGCAAGAUUAAAUCCAUCUCGAUCAAACACUCAUUCAUCAGCUGGAGGUUAUCACCAACCUCAAGGUGCUUAUCAUCCACAGCAAAGUGGUUAUUAUCCACAACAGGGUGGUUAUCCACAACAAGGUGGUUAUCGCCCGCAGCAAAAUGGAUACCACCAAACAGCACCCGGAGGUUAUCAUCCCAGUCAAAUUGGUGGUUAUCAUCAGCAAAGUGGUUUUGCUCCCAACCAAAUGAAGCCGUCCGGUAAAGGAACAUUUGGGAAAGCAGUUUUAGGUGGUGCGCUUGGAGCUGCAGCAGGUUUGGCAACUUUUGAAUUAGGAAAGGCAAGUCAUUCUUCACCAGCAGAUGCUAUUUCGUACAGCGGUGUAGCAAUUCUCCGUUCUGGUUCUGAACCUUUGAGAGCAUCAAAUGGUCAAAAUUAUUAUUUUGAUGAGCGGAAUCAUCAGUACAAGAAUGGCUAUUUCAUGUGUUCAGUGCCAAUCGAUGAUGUGUUAAAGACAUUACAGGGAAGUUCCACUGUAGUGGCUGCUGCUGAUGAGUCGACAAACUCAACCGCUAUAUCUCCAGAGCAGUUCUUCAAAACAGUGCACUUCAAAGAUGGUUCAAGGCCGAAGUCACUGACCUGGAAUUGUAAGUCUGGUGCUGAGAUAUGUUGUGAUACCGAUUGUUGUCCAGUACAGCAGCUAAGUGGUGGUAAUUUCUCUGAUCAUAAAAGACCAUCAUGGGUUUUUUUCAUUAGGUUUGUUAAUAUUUUAAAAUCUGAAUAA